CACGUACUAGAGCCUUGGCCCCACUUUGAAUGCUUGUACGGGUACCAUGUACAUACUAUAGUAAGCUAUUCCGCUGGAGGCUCGACGGGAUCCGACCUCCAUACGGAGUACUCCGUGUGAAAGGCAGAAGGUCAAGGUUUCGUAGGCGGUAAAGUAGCCUGUCAAGUCCUUGAAAGUCGCAGUCGCGAUAGGGGAAAUCCCAGCCGGGGCAUCUACUAGUAUCCGAAUGCACACAAUCCCCACUUGCUGCAUCCUUGUAACACUGGUAACAAUCGUCCAGCAACUCGGACACGGGCUUCUGACGCUCUUCAGCCUGUUCGUUAAGCCUUUGACGCAGUUGCCCGACAUUCAAGAUGUCGUACGUCCCAACAAACACAACUCCUUCUUCCGGAUCCUCAAGACCACAAAAGCGAAACGUCACCUCCUCUACUCUGGAGACCCGGCGGAAAGGUAGCCGUGUUCUCAGCUUAUUAUACCAAAUCUUCCUCAUUUUCUCGAAAAUGGCUGCGUCGUCAUCGCCGUCCUUGAGCUUGACUUGAACGAUUCGACAUUUCCCCGGUCGUCCCACACAAAGAAAGGUACAGGGGGUGUUUGGGGCAAUCCUGCCAAAGAACGAUCGGGCAUAGUGAUCCUUGACUCUUUCCACUCCGGAUGGGCUUUGCAUCAUGGAUUGUGCUGGCUGAGAUAUCGGUAAUGGAUGAAUGGUUCUUAUCCCGAAACGUCUACCCUGAUAGCUGACUCUUCGUCUACGUGCGGAUGUCUCCUCCCCAGGACCACUGCUCGCGGGGGCAGUCGUGGGAUGAUGUCCGAGCAUAGACGAACCAGCUCCGCGCUUAUACUAUCGCGUUUGAUGCUUUCAAGCCCAAAUGGUAGAUCUUGGGAUGGUGUCUGAGAGCUCCCAGAUACGUUAUCCAUGUCAUCCACCUGAUCACAAAGAGAAAGAGACAAAGUUCGGCAUGUUGACGAAGCUAAACGAGACGAUCAAAUCAUAUAGGGAGCCUGAGCUAGGAAGAACGUUGAACGAGAAGAUCGCCAAGAACAGACUAGCAAGCUGAAGAGAGACAGUUGAAGCUGAACCCCGCAGCUACUUUAUCUACCUCAUUUUAUAUAUUGUACAUACCUCAUUUUAUAUAUUGUACAUACCUCAUUUU